AUGGUUAAACGAACGCUUAGGAAGAAGAGGAAAAUUACCGACGACGGUAUCUUUUCGCCCGAGAGUGACCUGCAACAACAGUCAGUGUCGGGAAAUGGAUUGCAACAGGAUCCAGCAGUGCAAAAUCAGCAACAGCAGCCGCAGCUACCGACAUUCAUUCGUCCACAGAUGUUUCCGCCAACACAACCUCUACCUAACCUCCCGCAACAGCAACAAAAUUUCACGUCGAUCGAUCCAACGAUGUUGCAAUUUUUGCAACAAAUGCAACAGUCAUUGCAACAGCAGAUGCAGCAACAAUUUCAAGCGCAGGUGCCGACGAACCCGGAGCAGAUUCUUGAUUCGCUGGCGAGCAAUAUCAUCGAAUUCCGGUACGAUCCGGAUCAACACAUCACAUUUGCUGGAUGGUACGUGCGAUACCAGGAUUUGUUUGCGAAAGAUGCCGUUCGACUCGACGAUGAAGCAAAGGUGAGAUUGCUGCUGAGAAAACUGGGGCCGUCAGAGCACGAGCGAUAUACCAGCUAUAUCCUACCGAAAAGCCCCAACGAAGUGAAGUUCGACGACACGGUGAGUAAGCUGAAGAGUUUAUUCGGUAUCCCAGAAUCCGUGAUCAGCAAACGGUAUCGGUGCUUGCAAGUCACGAAGCAAGCCACCGAAGACUACAAAACGUUCGCAUGCCGGGUGAACAAGCUGUGUGUCGAAUUUGAACUGGAGAAGCUUUCGGAGGACCAGUUCAAAUGCCUCGUGUUUGUAUGUGGACUGAAGGCAGAAAGCGAUGCGGAAGUCAGGACCAGGUUGCUGAGCCGAAUCGAGGAGCGGAACGACAUUACGUUGGAGCAGAUUUCCGAUGAAUGUCAACGUCUUCUGAACCUUAGGCACGAUACGGCGAUGAUAGAGGCAGCGUCUUCGUCGACAGCAGUGCAGGCAGUUAGACGAAAGCAGUUCGAUGGGAAGCAUUCCCGCGCAGGACGGGGAUCGCCAGAGUCAAGAUCUUCAAAUCAGCGGGGUGCCGGUCUAGCAGCGCCUUGUUGGAACUGUGGUGCAAUGCAUUAUUCGAGAGACUGUCCUUUCAUCAGACAUCGGUGCAAAGAUUGCGGUCAAAUGGGCCACAAAGAUGGGUACUGCGCUAGUGCCAAGAAGGUGAAGUCUCCAGGCAAGCGCCACCCAUCCAAGCUGAUGGUAACGAGAAGUGUGCAAGUAAAGAACGUUCGAAAGCGAAGGAGAUUUGUGAAGGCGGAAGUAAACGGCCGGCAGAUCAGUCUUCAACUCGACACUGCCUCGGACAUCAGCGUCAUUUCCGAGCAGACAUGGAGGCAGAUUGGAAUGCCAACAACAGGCCCUGCGACAGUCCAAGCUGCCACAGCCUCGGGCAAGCCCUUGAAGCUAGAAUUCGAAUGCUUAUGUGAAGUUGUGAUCAAGGGGGAGAGGCGUCAUGGUCGAUUCUUUGUGGUUAAGCAGAAACUCAAUCUGCUUGGACUGGAUCUAAUCGACACGUUCAACCUCGGAUCGUUGCCUAUGGAUCAGUUUUGUAAUCAAAUCAACAUCUAUCCAACAUCAAUCAGCGCGCUCCAAGCAGCUUUUCCAACGGUAUUCAGCGACGAUCCAGGGUUGUGCUCGAAGGUGAAGGUGAAGUUCACGUUGAAGGAAGGUAAAUCCCCAGUGUUUCGACCGAAGCGACCAGUGGCUUAUGCCAUGUGCAACACAGUCGACACAGAGUUGGAUCGACUUGAACGAGCCAACAUCAUUACACCGGUCGAUUUCUCGGAGUGGGCAGCCCCAAUCGUCGUUGUUCGCAAGGCAAGUGGCGCGAUCCGUAUAUGUGGGGACUACUCUACAGGCCUCAAUGACGCUCUGCAGCCGCAUCAGUACCCACUUCCUCUGCCGCAGGACAUUUUCGCUAGGCUGGCGAACUGCAACGUCUAUAGCCAGAUCGACCUCUCAGAUGCGUUCUUGCAGGUGGAGGUGGACGAAAGUUGUCGCGAGUUGCUCACAAUCAACACACAUCGAGGUCUUUAUCGGUACAAUAGGCUUCCACCAGGUGUCAAGGCGGCACCUGGAGCUUUUCAGCAGCUCGUAGAUACGAUGCUGGCUGGACUAAGCUGCACGUCUGGAUAUCUCGACGAUGUUCUCGUUGGCGGGGUUGACGAAGCGGAUCAUUGGCGCAAUCUUCGAGCCGUCCUUCGUCGAAUCCAGGAGUUCGGAUUCACCAUUAAAGCGGAAAAGUGCUCGUUCGGUCAACAUCAGAUCAAAUAUCUGGGACAUCUCAUCGACGGAUCGCCUCCGGCCCCAAAAGAUGUCACUGGAGUUCGAUCGUUUCUGGGAGCGAUAAAUUACUACGGGAAAUUCGUCCCGAGUAUGCGUACGCUGCGAUAUCCGCUAGAUGAGCUCCUAAAAACCGACAAAAAGUUCGUCUGGUCAGCGGAAUGCGACAAGGCCUUCUCCACGUUCAAGCAGAUUCUCACCUCAGAUUUGCUUCUGACGCACUAUAACCCACAACGCGAGAUAGUGGUACCAGCGGAUGCGUCAUCGGUUGGAGUUGGAGCGACCAUCAGCCACAAGUUUCCAGAUGGGUCGAUGAAAGUUGUUCAACACGCUUCCAGAGCACUAACAGCCGCUGAACAAGCCUACAGUCAGCCAGAUCGUGAAGGACUGGCGAUUAUCUUCGCUGUUACCAAGUUCCACAAGAUUUUACACGGCAAACCGGCUACAACGCUGGGACUCCAGUUACUGUUAUACGAUUUCAAUAUCGUCUACAUAAACACAACGAAAUUUGGUAGCGCCGAUAUUCUGUCACGGUUGAUCAAUCAACACGUCAAGCCGGAAGAAGAUUUUGUAGUAGCCAGCAUCAUAACUGAAAACGACGUAAGAUCAAUUGCAUUAGAUGCAGUUACCGCUCUUCCUCUCAAUUUCAGAACAAUACAGCACGCCACCCGUUCCGAUCCUGUUCUUAGCAAGGUCUAUCGUUUCGUCCAGCAAGGAUGGCCGCAGUCAAAAACGGCCAUUCGAAAUCGUUCACUUCAGCAGUUCUUCGAUCGGAGUGGUUCACUGUCUACGGUUCAAGGGUGCGUGAUGUUUGCUGAACGUUUAGUGAUCCCGAGCGAGUUUCGGGCGCGUUGCCUACAACAUCUUCAUCGAGGUCAUCCUGGUAUCCAGCGCAUGAAGGCGAUCGCGCGCAGCUUCGUCUACUGGCCGUCGAUCGAUUCGGAUAUCGCUGCGCAUGUCAAAGCGUGUCGUAACUGCGCAGCUGCAGCCAAGAGUCCACCCAAAAUACCGCCGCUGUCGUGGCCCAAGUCAACGCAUCCGUGGCAGCGCGUUCACAUUGACUACGCAGGGCCUAUCGAAGGAGACUAUUUCUUGCUCAGCGUCGAUUCAUACUCCAAGUGGGUCGAAAUCAUCAGAACGAAGUCGAUCACAGCAUCUGCAACGAUCGGAAUUCUACAAAGUCUCUACGCUCGCCUCGGUAUGCCAGAAACGCUUGUAAGCGACAACGGUACGCAAUUCACUAGUGCCGAGUUUGCACAGUUUUGUCUUGAGUACGGUGUCGACCAUGUGACAACCGCACCGUUUCAUCCGCAAUCCAACGGGCAAGUUGAACGGUUCGUAGACACAUUCAAGCGAGCGAUCAAGAAGAUUCGAGAGGGAAAAGGACCAAUCCAGAACGCUUUGGAUAUUUUUCUGAUGACUUAUCGAACAACACCAAACGUGUCAGCACCAGAAGGCAAAUCUCCGUCCGAAGUUAUGUUUGGGCGCAGACUUCGUACCAGUUUGGACUUACUUCGUCCACCAGCUGUUCGGGAAACAAUUAGUGAAACUGUUCCAAGGUCGUUCAAGCAAGGUGAUGCGAUCUACGCCAAGGUGCACUCCAAGAACUCAUGGAGAUGGGCACCAGGGGUCAUUCUAGAGCGGGUUGGACAGGUGAUGUUCAACGUGUGGAUUGAGAGUAGCCGGAUGAUUCGUUCGCAUAUCAACCAGCUUCGAAACCGAACAGAAUCUGGCGCCAAAACUUCUAGCUCGAUGCCUUCCAAGGUAGUUCCUUUGUCCCCUGCAACGACUGCUCUAUCAUCCAGACCUACUGAAGUGGAAACAGCUGUACAGGUACCUCGUCGCUCUUCACGUCUGCGAAGACCGCCGAUAAGGUUUGACCCGUACCAGCUGUAUUAA